AUGUCAUUAAACAUAAAGAACUUACUCCCAAAUAGAGUAAAGUAUGGAGUACAUUACAAACAUAGUGGGAAUAGUGCAUCGAAAGAUCAAAUUAUAGACGCAAAGACACACGAUAGAGCAUAUUUACAAUCAAAAAGAAUAGCAGAAGAUAAAAAAAUUGAAAGAUUACAAUCAGAAUUACAAUAUUUAGAUUCAAAAUUGAAACAAUCAGAAACAGUAAUCUUUGUAGAUGGUGACAAAGAGGUAAAGAAAUUUUCAGCAGUUAAAUAUUACGAUACAAUCCCAGAGGCUUUAAAGUCGGGAUCAUCUGUCAUUCCAAAAUUAUCUAAACUUCGUGAGGGCAAGUUACUCGUAAAUCCAGACUCUGCUCCCAAAUUAGGAGCAAUCGAGGCAAUGACAACCACCUCUUACAAGGAAUUAAACGCUAGAAUCGAAAGAAGAGAUGGUUUGAAAAAGGCUGAAUCCGAUUUGGGUAAACAUAUUAGACAAUUGGCAAACAAGGACCAAAAACCAUUAAAGAAAUCAAAUAUCAAAUCAAACAAGGAUUGGAAGUUGGCAAGAAAGAAAUAG